AUGAGUGAACUUAACGGAUUCGGGGGGAGAGAGAAGACGCCCCAAGCUCCUGCUAUUUCCACCCGAUGUCCACCACCGCGACCUCCGGAAACUUAUCGACGCCAGUCUCAAUCGGUUCGAGCUCGCACUGAAGAACCCCUCAGGCGAGAAGCUAGGGAAUCAUCCAGUGGACCUUCGUCGAAGCUUCUUGGUUUCCUUCGACGACCGGAGUCAAAGAAAAAGCAACCGGAGAGGAGUGAGAUGACUGAUAGUGCCGGAGGAGUGGAGGGGGGAAAUGAUGCACGGAAUAAUGGGAGGGAUGAACACGUGAAAGAACUACUGGAAGUUGCUGUUGAAUUAAAAUGGCUGAUUGCUGAGAACAGUCGACAACUUGCAGAACUCUGUCACGAAGAAGCGGUGAGGGUAUUUGAUUUUGCAGAGUGGUAG